AUGUCUGAUGGCGAAAGGUUGGCACCAAGAGCAAAAGGUCCACCCACGGUCACUGGGUUAUCACCUACCGAAGGCACACCUGGCACUCAAAUCACCAUUCGUGGUGAAAACUUAGGCACAGAUCAAAAUGAUCUUCUCAUGCUCUUCAUUUGUGGUACCGACUGUCUGCAGACUGCAAAGUGGAAGACAGAAAAGAAGAUCGUAGCUCGUUUGGGCCAAGCUAAUCGAGGAUUGGGCGAGGUCAAGAUUGCUACAAAAUCUGGUGGAAGGGGAAUUUGCAAUGUGAAAUUCAGGGUGUUUAUUGCUCAAGUAGGACCGUUAGAAGAGUCCGCUGUAUGGGUCGAUGAGACACAAACCGUGCCUGGGCGGGAAGCUGUUCGAACUGUAGCGCAAACUACAGAGGAACGCGAUGCUCUUGGCUUGAAGCCAACCACAAAGAAGUUGGAUCCCGCGUUUCUGUCGAAAAUGUUUCCUGAUGGAUCGGGGAACAUCCGCAUGGAAAGCUUCAAUCCACAGUGGUAUCUGCUGGAACAUCACUCCGAAACACCGAUAGAAGAGUUACGCGAAGCCAUUGAGAAUAUGAAAGUAGCCAAGGCUGAUGAAGCCAAGAAGAAUGAGCAGAUGCAUAAGGCUAAUCUAUACUCCUUGAUCAACUGCGUCGACUCAUUAGCUGCAUUGCAUGAUGAGUUGGAGAGGAGUAACAAAGCAGGAGAAUUUGCGGUCAUCAAGCAGAUAGGAAGCCAGGUAAUGCAGUCUGGUCAUAUGUGCUUCUUGAUCCAUAAUUGUACCCUGGACGAUUUGCUGCAAUCAAGUUUUCUUCUCGCUGAUGCCUCCUCGUUACAGAUUGCCGAGGCUAGAGUGAAAGCAGAGAGCGUCUUCAAAGACGUUCUUUCACGAAAAGAUCGAGCAGAUGCUACAAGAAACGCGCUAUCUGUCUUGACUCGUUUCAAAUUCAUAUUCUUCCUUUCUAAAACGAUCGAUGACAACAUGAAGAAGGGCGAAUAUUUGACGAUUCUGAACGACUACAUGAGAGCGAAGUCGCUUUACAGGGACACUGAGGUUACUUUGUUCAAAGAGUGUAAGUUGAGUUGUGGCUAUUUGUGUUCACGAGCAUAA